AAGAAAAAUAGCCGUUGAACUUUAAAAAACAAGCAGUUAGUUUUCCCUCCCUCAAAUUUCACCACACUAACAAAGAACUGAACGAAAAAAUGGGAAGAUUCAAAGCUAAAUCCGACUACGAACAACUCAGAAUAGCUCGCAUCGUCGAAAAUCAGGCGCGGCUGGCUAAUUUAGGGCUUCAAAAAACCUUGUCGGAGCUGCAGUCUCUGAAUUCAUCCACUAAAUCCGAGAAAACUCGAAAAAGAAAAUACUGCAAAGUCGACUUCAGCGCCGCCCCUUUGCGGCGAUCAGCUCGAUUGGGGGGAAUAUCGCUGCCACCAGGAAGCGGGAAAUUGAGUUACUCGGAAGGUAGUGAUGGCGAUGAAACUGGUGAUGAUGUAAAGAGGCGUUCUAGACGGAGUGGGAUUUCGGAAGAAGCUUUGAGGCGGCGCUGCAUGUCUAAAGAGAGAGGUAGUUUGUAUGAUCCGGUUUAUGGCAUUUGCUGCCAUUUCUGCAGGCAAAAGAAACUCUGUGGUGAAGAAGAUUGCAAACGUUGUGGUGAUAGGGACAUAAAGCAACCGUGCAUAGGUAAAACAGAGUGCUCAGUAUGCCACUCUAGCAACGGUAUCCUUUGUCGAGCCUGCCUCAAGAUCAGAUAUGGUGAAGAAAUGGAGGAAGUGAGAAUGAAUAAAGAAUGGAUGUGCCCUCAUUGCAUAGAGGAUACAGGAACCAAACCUCACUGGAUAUGCAACAGUUCAUUCUGUAUGAAGAGGAGGAAGAUGAUUCCUACUGGAAUUGCCAUAUAUAAAGCAAGAGAGAUGGGAUACAAGUCUGUGGCACAUUUGUUGAUGGAUGAGCUUUCAAAGAGCAGAUAGAGGGAAGAUGUUUGCAAAUGGCCGUGGUGGUUUUGAACUUCCUCUGAUUGUAAAUUUACUAACGGAUUGUGUGAUCCUCUACCACUAGCUAGUCUGUAAAAUAACGUCUUAGAAAGCAUUGGAAUUUGUUAUUGGCUUGGUUUUUUAA